AGAAAAACACGGGUGUAAAAUGGUGUCAAAGCUGCAACGCUAAACGUUUAGAAGCCGAAUUUCCGAAUUGGACGAGUGAUAAUAAAGAACUUGAUAGGUUUCUUAGAGAAACACAGCUUACUGCAAGGUGCUGGCAGGAAGUAUUCGAAUGGAUUCCUUAUGCAAAUAUUACUGAAGUUGAGGAGGUCGGAAGAGGUGGCUACGGAAUCGUUUACAAAUCAAAAUGGGAGGGAGGAUGUAUCAUAAAGUGGAUAUCUAAGGAAAAAAAGUGGGAGCGUUGGGGAACUGAAUACGUUGCUUUGAAAAGUCUCAAUGGGGAAUUUAGCGAUUUUAUGCAUGAA